UGAAAACCGCCUACUUCGCGCCUGUCACAUAUUUACACACUUGUUUACGGAUCUGUAUGCGAGGACGAUCGUUCUAUAACGGUUUUUCGCCAAAAAUUUCGGACACGUAACGUAGGGAAAUGCUCGAGCUUCGUCGCGGGUUCGCGACGUGAGGAUGCUUCGGACGAUCGUCGAGCUGUCAGGCUGAGCGCAUCGUCUCGGUGAUCCAGUUUCUCGAGGACAUGUGCCUCUCGGACGAGGCGAUCGAUAUUCGUCGAUAACGUCGUCGCCCCGCGCAGUGGACACCUUCUACGUGGAAAAAUCAAGCAUGGCCAGCCGGGAUCCCUCCAAGACCAUGGACGACCACAGCGUCGAGACAUUGGCAGAAGUUUUUCGAUGCUUUAUUUGUAUGGAAAAGCUAAGAGAUGCACAUCUUUGUCCUCACUGCAGUAAAUUGUGCUGCUAUACUUGUAUCAGAAAAUGGCUUACUGAACAACGUUCCCAAUGCCCUCACUGCCGGGCUUCUCUUCAUUUGCACGAAUUAGUGAAUUGUCGCUGGGUUGAAGAAGUGACCCAACAACUUGAUACACUGCAAGCUGUUUGCAUAUCCAACUUUCGACACGAUGAUUCCAGUCGAGACAGAUGCACAGUACAUCAAGAGAAAUUAUCUGUAUAUUGCUGGACCUGCCGCAAAUGUAUCUGUCAUCAAUGUGCCCUGUGGGGUGGCACUCAUUCAGGACACACAUUCAAACCUUUAGAAGAUGUUCAUGAGCAACAUGUUACUCAGAUCAAAGGCGAAAUAGGCCAAUUAAAUAUGCGGCUCAUGGAAUUGAUUAGCCUUGUUCAAGAAGUGGAAAGAAACGUCGAAUCAGUAAGAGCGGCGAAAGACGAGAGAGUUAGAGAGAUCAGAAACGCGAUCGAAUUAAUGAUAGCUCGACUGGACUCCCAGUUGAAAGCUAAGUUGCUGACUUUGAUGGGCCAGAAGAAUUCAUUGACUUUGGAAACUGAGCAGCUGGAAGCGCUAUUGCAAGAUGUGGAAUAUCAAUUACACUCGUGCACGCGCUCCGAACUGAUCGCUAAGAGUGCCGAUCUCUCGCGCAAGAUACACCAGAUGCGCAAGAAGCCGAUGACGAGUUUCGUCACUGCACCUGUACCUGCUGACUUUCACAGUGAGAUUGUACCAGGCUAUGACAGUGCAACAUUUGCCAUGCAAAACUUUACUCAGCUACAGUUGAAGGCUGACCCAGUAUAUUCCGCACCGUUGCAUGUGAAUGGAUUAUGCUGGCGACUGAAAGUGUAUCCGGAUGGUAAUGGAGUAGUGCGCGGAAAUUAUUUGUCAGUAUUCUUAGAGCUCAGCGCUGGACUGCCAGAAACAUCAAAGUACGAAUACAGAGUCGAAAUGAUACAUCAAGGUUCUCGUGAUACGAGUAAAAACAUUGUUCGUGAAUUUGCAUCUGAUUUUGAGAUUGGCGAAUGUUGGGGAUAUAACAGAUUCUUUAGAUUAGAUUUACUCGCAACAGAAGGAUACUUAAAUACAGAACUGGAUACUCUUAUAUUAAGAUUUCAGGUGCGUCCACCGACAUUUUAUCAACGCUGUAGAGACCAGCAGUGGUAUAUUAGCCAACUACUGACACUUCAAAAUCAAUACACCAGUCAGAUCAAUGAAUUGAAGGAGAGACUAACGAUAGAGAUAUCCCGCAAUGCCAUGGCGGCUACCAGAGCUACUAAUGGAACUACAAUGUGCAGUUCAACUGUAAAUACAUCACCUUUGUCUGCACAGCAACAGCCACAACAACAGGAGAGAGAUGCAGGCGACUCAACGCUCAAUUCGAACAUUAUACGAACAAUUGACACAUAUCCUACUGCAAAUGGAAUACCAAUGAGAUCCAUACCAAGUACACUACCCAAUAACAACAGCAACAUAAUGAACGAUCAGUUAUUACCGAUGUGCGAAUUGAACGAGCUCUCGAGUAUGCAUCUCCUCGGCUCUACUACGUCGAAAACGUUGUCGAAGACAUCCUUAAAGACGCACCGUGCCAGCAACAAUCUAAAUAUUAUCGAGACCGAGGGCCGGUCCUCGUCCCCGCCUCUCGUCGCAUCCAACGACGUGUCGCUCGGAGACUCAAAGAUUCACCUGACCUACCCGUCAUCGACGCCCUAUUCGGCCGGUGACGCGCUCGUCGGUCAGCAGCCGUUGAAUCUACUGUCCAACAACAGCACCAGUGAUCCCUUAUUGUCCGUCUCGUCGACGUUGAGCAAUCAACGGAUUAACGGUUGCCUGAGUGUGACGGAAGAUGAUGCAGCGCAACGUUGCACGAACGACACGUCACCAGGUGAAUGCCGAGAGACCGCUGCAACUGGUGUUCGCUCCCCAUCGUUUUAUCUGUCAUCGACGUUGAAUCUCUCGUCCAGCAGCAGCAGCAGUAGCGAAAGUGGCGAAUUGAGCGAACACGACAUUUAUAUGGACGAAUGUGAGAACAACGAGCCCAACGUCACACUCUUGGAUCUGACGAAUGAUGAAAACGACGUGGACGACGAAACAAUGUCAGGGGAAAACGACAUUGAAGUCGCAGAAUCUCUCGCACCAUGGAUUCAGAACAAGCAACGUAUGAAGCAACAAAACAACAGGGACACCACUGCAGAUACAUGCAGAUUGAAGGAGAUAAUGCUGCUACACUUCUUCGAGAUACAGGACAGGAACUCCCCGUGGACCUCCCUAUGUCUCAGCCAACAGCAAGCGGACGAGAGCUGCGACUCCAGGAGCAACUCGCUCGCGAGUUUGCGACGUCACAGUUCCAGUCCGUUGCAUUAUAACGCUAUGAUGCAACCCACCGCGACCGCGGCCUAUUCGCACAAGCAUCUCGAGCUCGAUACCGCGGCCUGUAACGAUCUAACAAAUUUGAGUAGUGACAAGAAGCAUCCCAAUAUCGCUUUGCAUCACUCCCAGCCGCAGGCGACUUACGGUGCUAAGACUAAAUACAGAAGACUGCCGGGCUUUUGCCGUUCGGAACUGGUGGCUGCGACGAUGCCUUCCGGUAGUCAGAUAACCAGGUCCGAGCCGGCGACGCGUUCCAAUUCGAUAGACUGCGAGAGGGAUAUCUCAAAACUGCCAGUAGUUAAUAAAAUCAAUCACGACGUGGAGGCACCUAGUCUGCGUCUGGAUUUAAUAGUGCCAAAUGUACUUUUAGACAGUGACAAAAUCAUGUCAAAGCAUUUACUGUCACGACGCCAGUCCUCUCCGAGCUCAUCCACUAGCAUGAAUUUGAAAAACGACAACAACAAGAUAUUCGAAAUUGACCAAUUACUCGAAACCAUUCAUCUGUCAUCGGGAUCGUCGCAGAAAGAUGCGACUUGUGGCCCAAAAUUGAGGAAAACCGCUUCGUCCGACGUAAAGAAUAACUCUUGCACUGCCGGUGGAAGCUCCAUUGCACACUCGCUGACCCAGGAGAGUACAUUGUCAUCUACAAACACUGCAAUAACAGCGAACGCUAUUCUUACUCCUAGUACUUUCAGCUGGUCACCGGCAAUGUAUCAACAUACACAUGAUAUCACUGUACAAGGUUCUUUAAAAGAGACUUCCAGCAAGACUAUUAAUAAAUCUGCGGAAGAAGCUGCCAGUUCGCUGUAAUAAUGUAUAACUCAACAUUAGCAUUCUGUGAUUUCUAUUUCGGGUAUUAAUUAUAAUCGCAAGAUAGAUAAAAAGAGAGAGAACUAUUA